AUGUAUAAAAUGGAGUAUUCUUACCUCAACUCCUCCGCCUACGAGUCAUGUAUGGCCGGGAUGGACACAUCGAGCUUGGCUUCGGCCUACGCGGACUUCAGCUCCUGCAGCCAGGCCAGCGGCUUCCAGUACAACCCCAUCCGGACCACAUUCGGCGCCACCUCCGGAUGCCCGUCUCUCACGCCGGGAUCCUGCAGCCUGGGAACCCUGCGAGACCACCAGAGCAGCCCGUACGCGGCAGUGCCCUACAAGCUGUUCACCGACCACGGAGGACUGAACGAGAAGAGGAAGCAGAGGCGCAUCAGGACCACCUUCACCAGCGCGCAGCUCAAGGAGCUGGAGAGGGUCUUUGCCGAGACGCACUACCCGGACAUCUACACCCGGGAGGAGCUGGCACUCAAGAUAGACCUGACUGAAGCCAGAGUUCAGGUCUGGUUCCAGAACCGACGGGCCAAGUUCCGCAAACAGGAGCGAGCAGCCGCAGCCGCAGCAGCCGCGGCCAAGUCCUCCACGGGCAAGAAAUCCGACCCCAGAGAUGAAGACAGCAAAGACGUCAAAUCCACAGACCCGGACAGCACCGGAGGACCCGGUCCGAACCCCGUACCCACCUCCAACUGCGGGGGUCCCAGCCCCACAGGAGUGCAGGUGGUCAACAGCAGCGGGAACGGACAGGUGGACCAAGGGAAGAGCUCCGUGUCCUCCGGCAUGGGGGUGACGGCGCCGAGCCAAGGAUGGGCCACCGCCCCGGGGACCAUCACCUCCAUCCCGGACUCUCUGGGCGGGCCGUUCGCUAGCGUGCUGUCGUCCUUGCAAAGACAGAACGGAGCCAAAGCUUCGUUAGUAAAAAGCGGCAUGUUCUAA